UUUUUUUUCUUUUUUUUAGGCUGGGCAAGGUGGCUCAUUCCUGUAAUCCCAGCACUUUGGGAGGCCGAGGAGGGUGGAUCACCUGAGGUCAGGAGUUUGACAGCAGCCUGGCCAACAUGGCAAAACCCCGUCUCUACUAAAAAUACAAAAAUUAGCCGGGCGUGGUGGCGGGCAUCUGUAAUCCCAGCUACUCGGGAGGUUGAGGCAGGAGAACUGCUUGAACCUGGGAGGCGGAGGUUGCAAUGAGCUGAGAUUGUGCCACUGCACUGCAGCCUAGAUAACAAAGGGAUAACUCUAGAUAACUCUGCCUCAAAAAAAAAAAAAGUACAUUUUUUAACUUUAAAAUUAUAAGAUACAUAAAAUCUACUGUCAGUGUACAGCACAAUGAAUUUCACAAAUUGCACACCCAAUGUAACCAAGAUUAACAGACCCUCACCCAGAAGCUCUCCCAACAUAGCCAUCACUAGCUUGGCUUAACAGAUUUAUUUUGCCAUGUUUUGUCUAUUAUAUGACAGAGUCAUAUGUAUUAUUUUACAUCUGGUUUCUUUCAAGCACCAUUAUGUUAAUGAUACUCAUCUAUACUGUUGAGUAGUGCAUUGUGUGGGUGGAUAUUUACAUUUAUCCAUUCUACUAUGAAUGAGAAUUUGGGUUGCUUCCAGAAUUUGUCAACUAUGAAUAGUGCCGCUAUGAAUACACACAUUGUAGUACAUGUGUUUUGGUGGGGAUAUGUGUUUCUGUUGAAUGUGUAUCUGGGAGAAUUUCAUUGUCGUAAGCCUUAUGUUAACAGUGUUCCAAUAUAUACUCCCAGGAUAUGAAAGUGCAAUUGCUGGCUGGGCAUGGUGGCUUGUGCCUGUAAUCCCAGCACUUUGGGAGGCCGAGGUGGGCAGAUCACCUGAGCUCAGGAAUUCGAGACCAGCCUGACCGACAUGGUGAAAUCCCAUCUCUACUAAAAAAUACAAAAAUUAGCUGGGCGCAGUGGUAGGUGCCUGCAAUCCCAGCUACUUGGGAGGCUGAGGCAGGAGAAUUGUUUGAACCCAGGAGGUGGAGGUUGCAGUGAGCCAAGAUCACGCCAAAGCACCCCAGUCUAGGCGACAGAGCAAGACUCUGUCUCAAAAAAAAAGCAAUGCAACUGCUUCACAUCUUUGUUAAUUACCUAUAUAGUAAGUGCAAUAAGCACACAAUAAAUAUCUGUUGAAAGGACUAAUUUGAACACAGAUGGCAUUUAAAACUAUGGGCUUGGAUAAGACAUCUUGGAAGAAAUGUGAUUAGGUAAGAGGGCUGAUGAACAAAGCCUUGGGUGACUCCCACAUUUGCAGAACUGGCAGGAGCAUAAAGGAGGAGGAAAAUGGGAGAGCUUGGAGUUCUGCAAAACAUGAGAAAAAUGUGUUUCGAAGGGGCAGUCAACUGCUUUGAAUGCUUCCAAGAGACCAUAAGAUGAGGCAGUGGUUUGGGAAAAGAGGAGUCAGGAGUUCUGAUCUUGGUCAUUUCAAGCCUGAGUAGCUUAUGCAUUAAUCACUCAAAUGGACACCUCAAACGUGCAGCUGGAUAUAGGAGUGUAAAAUCUAAGACAAGUAUUUGUGAGUGUAAAUACAUUUCUGAAGGAGAGUAUAGAUGGGUAAGAGAUUGGGUCCCAGUUUUGGGGCAUUUCCAUGUAGAAGUUGAAAAGAAGUAGAUACCUACAGAGCAAAACUAUGAGAGUGAUUGAUGAAACAGAAGAGAAAUCUGGAAAGUGUCUUGUCACUGAGGUAAUGCCAACAUCAACUGUGUUAAAUGUUGCUGAGAAUAGAAAAAUGAUCACUGAAUUGACCAAUUACCAAUGAAUAAAUGACUACUCCAGUAAAUAAAUAUACUUCCAUAAGAUCAUUUUGAAUGGUUGCACAAAACUCUGUUCCGUGGCUCUACCAAAACCUGCUCAAUCAGUUCCAUUGUUGAAUUUGUAGAUUCUUCUCAAACCUUUAGAAUCAUAAAUGAUGUCACCUUGAGAAUGUUCUAAGAGUAUUGUGUCAAAUACUCUAAGGGCAUUUGGGUCAAAAAAUAUGCACAUUAGAAAGGUUUUAGGCCGGGCGCGGUGGCUCAUGCCUGUAAUCCCAGCACUUUGGGAGGCUGAGGUGGGCAGAUCACGUGAGGUCAAGAGUGGGAGACCAGCCUGGCCAACAUGGUGAAAUCCCAUCCCUACUAAAAAUACAAAACUUAGCCGGACGUGGUGGUGAGUCACUGUAAUCCCAGCUACCUGGAAGGCUGAGGCAGGGAGAAUUGCCUGAACCCAGGAGGCGGAGGUUGCAGUGAGCCAAGACUGCACCACUGCACUCCAGCCUGGGUGACAGAGUGAGACAGCCUCAAAAAAAAAAGAAAAAAAAAGGUUUUGGACCUGAUGUGGUGGCUCAUGCCUGUAAUCCUAUAAUCCCAGCACUCUGGGAGGCCGAGGUGUUAGGAUCAUUUGAAUCCAGGAGUUGGAGACCAGCCUGGGCAACAUACUGAGAACCCUAUCUCUACAAAAACUAAAAAAAUUAGCCAGGCAUGGUAGCACAUGCCUGUAGUCCCAGUUACUUGGGAGGUUGAGGCAGGAGGACUGCUUGAGCCCAGGAGGUUGAAGCUGCACUCCAGCCUGGGCAACAAAGACCCUGUCUCAAAAAUAUAUACAUACAUACAUAAAUGAAUAAAUGGUGUUGAUACAAUUGCAAAACUGCUCUCUAGAAAGAUUUUACUAAAGUCUACUCCCACCCCAAGGAAAUACAGUAAGAAUCUUUGCUAUUUUGGUAGUUUAAAUGUGGUAUAUUCGCAUUUUUAUUAUUAAUGAAGUUAGUUUUAUAUGUUCACAGGCCACUGGUAAUUGUUUAUGAAUAGCCUGCCCAUAUGUCUUGCCCCAAAUGAGUUUUAACUGGGUAAAUAUGAUAGUGGAAUCACCAGAAAAUGCAAAGGAGGAACACUGAGAUUGAAAUGUUGGCCGGGCGCCGUAGCUCACGCCUGUAAUCCCAGCAUUUUGAGAGGUCGAGGAGGGCAGAUCACCUGAGGUCAGGAGUUCAAGACCAGCCUGGCCAACAUGGUGAAACCCCAUCUCUACUAAAAAUACAAAAAUUAGCCGGGCGUGGUGGCAGGCGCCUGUAAUCCCAGCUACUUGGGAGGCUGAGACAGGAGAAUUGCUUGAACCCGGGAGGCUACGGUUGCAGUGAGCCGAGAUCCCACCACUGCAUGCCAGCCUGGGAGACAGAGUGAGACUAUUUCAAUAACAACGAAAAAGAUUGAAAUGUUGGUUUAGCAAAGUGAAAAAAGGCAGAUAAACAGGUUUGGAUUCGCCUGUUGAAUACACUGGCUCUGUGACCUUGGUCCAACUUCUCAGGUCCCAUCUUCUUGUUUGUGGAAUGGGGAUGAGGUUUUUAUCUUCAAGUGGUGUGAACAAUGAAUGGGAUAAUGUACGUAAUGCUGGAAAUUAUGACAGUUACAACAGUUAUUCUGCAGACGUAACUGCACCAUGGCAUAGGAAUCUAUAUAACAGAUAAAGUAGCCGGGCAUGGUGGCUCACGCCUGUAAUCCCAGCACUUUGGGAGGCCGAGGCGGGCGGAUCACGAGGUCAGGAGAUCGAGACCAUCCUGGCUAACACGGUGAAAUCCUGUCUCUACUAAAAAUACAAAACAUUAGCUGGGCGUGGUGGCAGGCGCCUGUAGUCCCAGCUGCUCGGGAGGCUGAGGCAGGAGAGUGGCAUGAACCUGGGAGGCGGAGCUUGCAGUGAGCCGAAACUGCGCCACUGCACUCCAGCCUGGGUGACAGAGCGAGACUCUGUCUCAAAAAAAGAAAAACAAAACAAAACAAAACAAAGUACGGUGGUGGGUUGGUUUGAAGAAUCUAAGAGGGCUAUUUCUGGCAUUUCCACUAUUCCACCAUGAUUUCCUUGAGAGACUUGCUCUGUCGCCCAGGCCGGAGUGCAGUGGCGCGAUCUUGGCUCACUGCAAGAGCUUUGCCUCCCGGGUUUCACGCCAUUAUACUGCCUCAGCCUUCCGAGUAGCUGGGACUACAGGCACCCGCCACCAUGCCCGGCUAAUUUUUUGUAUUUUUAGUAGAGACGGGGUUUCAUCGUGUUAGCCAGGAUGGUCUCGAUCUCCUGACCUCGUGAUCCGCCCGCCUAGGCUUCCCAAAGUGCUGGGAUUACAGGCCUGAGCCACCGCGCCCGGCCUAUUCCACCAUGAUCUCUACCCCUCCUCCCGAAUGUUAGUGGUGUAACUAUGACAACAAGCACGCGCUGCUCAAGGCUCAAUUUUCCAGCCGUUACCGACCUCCACCGCGUCACUGUCCGCUCCCCAGAGACUCUGAGGCGGAUCCCCCAACCCAGUGUCAGACUGAUCCCCUUUGGCCCGAGGACGAGGAGCCACAGGACAGUAUGGCCAAAGCGGCGGCCUCCUCGUCGCUGGAGGACUUGGACCUGAGCGGAGAUGAGGUCCAGCGGCUCACCUCCGCCUUCCAGGACCCGGAGUUCCGGCGAAUGUUCUCCCAGUACGCCGAGGAGCUCACCGACCCGGAGAACCGGCGGCGCUACGAGGCGGAGAUCACCGCGCUAGAGCGUGAGCGCGGGGUGGAAGUGCGGUUCGUGCACCCGGAGCCCGGCCAUGUGCUGCGCACCAGCCUGGACGGGGCGCGGCGCUGCUUUGUGAACGUCUGCAGCAACGCGUUGGUGGGCGCGCCCAGCAGCCGGCCCGGCUCCGGUGGCGACCGGGGCGCAGCUCCUGGCAGCCACUGGUCCCUGCCCUACAGCCUGGCGCCCGGCCGCGAGUACGCGGGGCGCAGCAGCAGCCGCUACAUGGUCUACGACGUGGUCUUCCAUCCAGACGCGCUUGCGCUGGCCCGGCGGCACGAGGGCUUCCGCCAGAUGCUGGACGCUACGGCCCUGGAGGCCGUCGAGAAGCAGUUCGGCGUGAAGCUGGACCGCAGGAAUGCCAAGACCCUGAAGGCCAAGUAUAAGGGGACCCCAGAGGCUGCGGUGCUGCGCACGCCCCUGCCCGGGGUCAUCCCCGCAAGGCCUGACGGGGAGCCGAAGGGUCCUCUCCCGGACUUCCCCUACCCUUACCAGUACCCGGCAGCCCCCGGGCCCCGGGCGCCCUCCCCUCCGGAAGCGGCCUUGCAGCCCGCCCCCACCGAGCCUCGCUACAGCGUGGUGCAGCGCCACCACGUGGACCUCCAGGAUUACCGCUGCUCCAGGGACUCAGCCCCGAGCCCCGUGCCCCAUGAGCUGGUGAUCACCAUCGAACUGCCGCUGUUGCGCUCGGCCGAGCAGGCGGCGCUGGAGGUCACGAGAAAGCUGCUGUGCCUCGACUCGAGGAAACCUGACUACCGGCUGCGGCUCUCGCUCCCGUACCCAGUGGACGAUGGCCGCGGCAAGGCACAAUUCAACAGGGCCCGGCGGCAGCUGGUGGUUACGCUGCCAGUGGUGCUGCCGGCCGCGCGCCGGGAGCCCGCUGUCGCCGUCGCCGCCGCCGCGCCGGAAGAGUCCGCGGACCGGUCCGGAACUGACGGCCAGGCCUGCGCUUCCGCUCGCGAGGGGGAGGCGGGACCCGCGGGGAGUCGCGCCGAGGACGGAGGCCACGAUACCUGCGUGGCUGGGGCUGCGGGCUCCGGGGUCACCACCCUGGGCGACCCGGAGGUGGCGCCUCCGCCGGCCGGCGCUGGAGAGGAGCGUGUCCCCAAGCCGGGGGAGCAGGACUUGAGCAGGCACGCGGGGUCACCGCCGGGCAGCGUUGAGGAGCCAUCUCCUGGAGGAGAAAACUCACCUGGUGGCGGAGGCUCCCCUUGUUUGUCCUCCCGGAGCCUGGCGUGGGAUUCUUCUGCGGGAAGAGAGAGUGCGCGCGGAGAUAGCAGUGUGGAAACGCGCGAGGAGUCGGAGGGCACGGGCGGCGAGCGCUCAGCCCGCGCCAUGGGUGGUCCCGGGACCAAGAGCGGGGAGCCUUUGUGUCCUCCGUUACUGUGUAAUCAGGACAAAGAAACCUUGACUCUGCUCAUUCAGGUGCCUCGGAUCCAGCCGCAAAGUCUUCAAGGAGAUUUGAAUCCCCUCUGGUACAAAUUACGCUUCUCCGCACAAGACUUAGUUUAUUCCUUCUUUUUGCAGUUUGCUCCAGAGAAUAAAUUGAGUACCACAGAACCUGUGAUUAGCAUUUCUUCAAACAAUGCAGUGAUAGAACUGGCAAAAUCUCCAGAGAGCCGUGGACAUUGGAGAGAGUGGUAUUAUGGUGUAAACAACGAUUCUUUGGAGGAAAGGUUAUUUGUCAAUGAAGAAAAUGUUAAUGAGUUUCUUGAAGAGGUCCUGAGCUCUCCAUUCAAACAGUCUAUGUCCUUGACCCCACCAUUAAUUGAAGUUCUUCAAGUUACUGAUAAUAAGAUUCAAAUUAAUGCAAAGUUGCAAGAAUGUAGUAACUCUGAUCAGCUACAAGGAAAGCAGGAAAGAGUAAAUGAAGAAAGUCAUCUAACUGAAAAGGAAUAUAUAGAACAUUGUAACACCUCUACAACUGAUUCUGAUUCAUCUAUAGCAGUUAAAGCACUACAAAUAGAUAGCUUUGGUUUAGUUACAUGCUUUCAACAAGAGUCUCUUGAUGUUUCUCAAAUGAUACUUGGAAAAUCUCAGCAACCUGAGUCAAAAAUGCAAUCUGAAUUUAUAAAAGAAAAAAGUCCUACUUGUUCAAAUGAGGAAAAAGAUAACUUAAACGAGUCAGUAAUAACUGAAGAGAAAGAAACAGAUGGAGAUCACCUAUCUUCAUUACUGAACAAAACUACAGUUCACAAUAUACCUGGAUUUGACAGCAUAAAAGAAACCAAUAUGCAGGAUGGUAGUGUGCAGGUUAUUAAAGAUCAUGUGACCAAUUGUGCAUUCAGUUUUCAGAAUUCUUUGCUAUAUGAUUUGGAUUAAUUCUAUAUAAUUUUGGACUUUUAAAUAUUAAGGUUAAAAAAUGCCUGUAUCUAAAAUUGAUUCUGUUAACUGUUGUCUUAAAACUAAAGGUAUUAAAGUAUAAAAUUAAAAUUUGCAAUUUUUUUUAAAAAAUUGCAAUUUUGAUUCUCAUGGGGGAAAUUGGAGAUAAUUUUUUUUUUUUUUUGCCUCUGGAGUUUAAAGUUUCCUUAUGGAGAUAAGUUUUGUGAUUCCUGUAAUAGGUGUGUAUGUUUUCUAUUUGAAAGUUAAAACAUUUAGUUUUAAUACAACCUAUGUAUAUAUACUUCUGUGUUAAAUUUUGCUUUGUCAUUAAUAAAAUUUCAAAAUAUUCA